CCAGGUUUCAGACUUGGGCACAGAAAAUGGCAGUGGAAGAGGGCGAAUGCUUUCCAGAACAAUCUGACACAAAUGCAAGUUACUUGAGAGCUGCUCGAGCUGGCAACUUGGAAAAGGCUCUUGACUACUUAAAAAGUGGAGUGGACAUCAACAUUUGCAAUCAGAAUGGGUUGAACGCUCUCCAUCUUGCUUCCAAAGAGGGGCACGUGGAAGUCGUCUCUGAACUGAUACAGCGAGGUGCCAAUGUGGACGCAGCGACAAAGAAAGGAAACACAGCAUUGCACAUAGCAUCCCUCGCUGGGCAAGCAGAAGUAGUCAAAGUAUUGGUUACAAAUCGGGCCAAUGUCAAUGCACAGUCUCAGAAUGGUUUCACUCCGUUGUAUAUGGCAGCCCAAGAAAACCACCUGGAAGUUGUUAAAUUUCUUCUUGAUAAUGGUGCCAGUCAAAGCCUUGCUACAGAGGAUGGUUUCACGCCCUUGGCGGUAGCUUUGCAGCAAGGGCACGACCAGGUGGUUUCGCUGUUGCUUGAAAAUGAUACGAAGGGAAAAGUCCGUCUUCCUGCUCUUCACAUUGCUGCCCGCAAGGACGACACGAAGGCGGCAGCUCUGCUCCUGCAGAACGACCACAACGCUGACGUGGAGUCAAAGAGUGGGUUCACUCCGCUCCACAUAGCUGCUCACUAUGGAAAUAUCAAUGUAGCUACAUUGCUGUUAAAUCGGGGUGCUGCUGUGGACUUCACUGCAAGGAAUGAUAUCACACCACUGCAUGUUGCAUCGAAGAGAGGAAAUGCAAAUAUGGUCAAACUCCUACUUGAUCGAGGAGCUAAAAUUGAUGCCAAAACAAGGGUAAGCCUAAAUGUAAAGUGUCUCUAUGCACCCGAUCACACAGAAGCUUCCCCCGAGAGGCCACGCGUAUUAAGCGGCAGCACGAAGGCAGGAGUCGCGUGGAGCUGGCACCGGCAGGGCGUCCUGCACGUGCGGCAGGAGCAGGCGCCGCUUGCUCGCCCUGCCACGGCCCUGGCAGCAGCCCCAGAGAUGGUGUGUGCCGGGCUCGUGGAAAGCCCCUGUCUAGGCAAAAUUCCUCCUUUUGUCCUGCCGGCUUUGCCGGAGCUGCUCUCGGGCUCUCUGGAGGGCUAG